UAAAACCCCCGCCAUCAUUUGAAGUCGGUUUUACGCGAACGCCCCCUCCUUUUACAACAAAACGCAGCCGUAUUUUCUUCCUUCCCUCUCAGCCUCCACUCUCCAUCGACAGUUCGAGAGGUUUAGGGUUUUAGCCAAAUCCCCAACACUUCUUCCUGCUCUCGUCACUCGCAAAACCCUAGUUCUCCUCAACCACUUGAGCUCCAACAAUGGCGACCUCCAUCGCCUCCCAAUUGCUGGCCAUCAAGUCUCUGAUAAAAACUGAUUCAGAGCCACAGAAGCGUCCCUUCACUCGUCCUUCAAUUCUCUUCGACUCCAAAGAAGCCGCCGACAUCGACCUCGAGACAAUCCUCAGUAUCUCUCUCUCAGGUUUGGAGGUUCUCAUUAGCAUGGAUGAGAGGUUUAGGGAUCACAAGAAUGACUUGUUUAGUCAUAAGAGUAGAGAGUUGGAUAGAGAAUUGGUGGGCAUUGAGGAAAAUAACCGAAUCAAUUCAUCUAUUAGUUCCUACUUGCGGUUACUAUCGGGAUUUUUUCAACUUCCUUCUGCAUUAAAGACGCUUGAGUACUUGAUACGUAGAUACAAGAUUCAUAUAUACAACACAGAGGACCUGAUUCUAUGUGCUUUGCCUUAUCAUGACACACAUAUUUUUGUUCGAAUUGUUCAAUUACUUGACACAGGAAAUAGUAAGUGGAAAUUUCUUGAUGGUGUUAAAGCAUCGGGUGCACCACUACCUAGGAAGGUUAUAGUUCAACAAUGCAUUUGUGAUAUGGGGGUUUUGGAGGUUUUAUGCAACUAUGCAUCACCUACAAAAAAGAUUCAACCUUCAAGACCCGUGAUUAGCUUCUGCACAGCAGUUGUUGUUGAGGUUUUGGGUUCUCUUACACCUCUUGACAGUGAUGUUGUUAAGAGAGUCCUUCCAUAUGUAGUCUCCGGAUUGCAGCCUGGUGCCAAAGGUGGUUCAGAUCACAAGGCUGGUGCUUUGAUGAUUGUGGGUUUACUAGCAAAUAGGGUAGCAUUGUCUCCUAAACUUGUCAAGAGCUUGAUUCGGUCAAUUGCUGAGAUAGCUCGAGAGGAUGCUAGAGAAUCUACUGAUUUGCAGUGGUUUCGUAUAUCGUUUAUGGCCCUAAUCAAUCUAGUUCAGUUGCAAUCUGUUGAAAUGUUCCCCAAGAAGGCUGUGGAUAUCCUAAAAGAAAUCAGGGAUCUUUCGGGGAUUCUUGCUGGAAUGACCAAGGAGUUCAAUAUCGAUAAAUUUUUGGCUGUUUUUUUGGAUUCUUUCCUUGAGUACAGCUCUUCUGAUGAACUGUGCCAUUUUACUUUAUUAGCAAUUAUAGAGACAGUUUCUGUAAAACACUUUGUUGAUCGUAUAGUGUCCAAGCUACUUUAUUCUUGCAUGAGGUUAUCGCAGAGGAAGAAUGAGUUGAUAUCAUCUGAAUCAGGAAGCUGGGCCAAGCAAAUUUUAGAUUCUAUCAAUAAGAGUUACCCUGCUGAAUUUCUUGGAGCAGUUCACAAAUUUCUGGAGGACGCUAAAGUGCAAUCCAAGAAUGAAGAUUCAAUAUAUGAGAUUCUGUGCAGGACAUUAGAUGGGAACCUGGAUUUGUCAGUUGAGGUCUCCGAUUCAAAAAUUUGGUUUGCGCUGGAACAUCCAAAGGCUGAGGUUCGGCGUUCUACACUUUCAGGGUUGAAUGCAUUUGGCAUUCUAAAGGAUGAGGCUAAUGGUUCAAAGAGAUUUGUAACUAUGCAAGAUGCAAUAUUGCGCCGGCUUCAUGAUGAUGAUCUUACAGUGGUUCAGGCAGCUUUAACUCUAAAUAGAUUGAAUGAUAUUGUAUGUCCUUCGGCUCUUCUUGAUGCACUUGAGAAUGUGCUUCAGAGAUGUGUUGACAUUUUAAUGUCCAGUGCUUCAGAUGACACAUCUCUAGCUGGUGAUGUUGCUGUUUUAUGUCUGGAAAGUGCUAUUUCAGACUUCCAAGAUAAGAAAGAAUUUGCUAAGCAACUUGCAACAAUGAUGUUUCCCUUACUGCUAAUCACACAGAAGACUCAGAGAUUAAAUUUAAAGGCUUUAGAAUCAGCAAAGAAAGUAAAGUGGCCUUUGUACCAGAAUAUCAUCAUUGCCUCCAGCCUAGAGAAGAGAUUAGAACAUGGACACAUAUCUUCUAUCAAUAUGGAUACUGUAAGAGGGAUGGCAGAAAUGUUUUCAAUGCACCCAGAUGAACAUGUGACUUGGGUAGUUGAAUGCUGCAAGUUUUCAGAGCUGUCAAAUACAUUUUUCCUCUUGGUUUUGUUGCAGUCAUUCAUGACCCCUAAUAUUGACAUUGGUCAAUUUAAUGCAUUGUAUGAUGCUUGCUAUCCAGUUCUGAAGACUGAGUGGAAUGUGUUAAAGUCUGUGGGAGAUGUAUCUGCAAAAGAGUCCAAUGCAGGAAUGCUGGAUGGGGACUGUAAAGGAUUUCUGGAUCAGCUGUUUGAGACCAACUUUAAGACUAAUUUUAGGCAACUGAAUGCUAAGAUACUAAUAUGUGUGUUUUGGAGGUUACUUGGGGGGUUUAUUUCAACAAUGCCUGCAGAUGUCUCAUUGGAUGAUAAUAGGAAGUGGGUAUGCACACUUCAGGAUCUAUUUGUCUUCUUUGCUGCAUGUCAGUCAAAUAAUGUUUUCCAGAAGCAUCUUCACUUCCUAGUUACCAAAUGCAAGAUCUCUCCUGUCCGAUUUUUGUCGAAGCUUUUCACUGAAGAAGGUUUUGAUCAUGGCAUCCUCUUUAAUUAUUUGUUUUGUUUUUUUUCUUUUGUGAGGUGGUAUGAGAGCUUACAUUUUCAACUUGUUGCUGAAUUUCCUUCACUUCUAGUUCCGCUGUCUAGUGAUAACCAGGAUGUACGGAUGGCUGCCAUGAACUGCAUUGAAGGGUUGUGCACACUAUGUGUUAAUUUCUCCAGAUGGAAAAAUGGGAACAGCACAAUCUGGAGUAAUUUUCUCGAGGAACUUCUGAGCUUGAUGGUUCAACAAAAGAGGCUGAUGCUAUCAGACAGAAAAGUUCUGCCUUCAUUUUUAACAUCUUUGCUUGGCUCUUCGUGCCAUAGCCUGUUAGUGCCUCAGACAAUUGGACAAAGAUUCAGUCAGUCUAUAAAGAAUGACAUACUGGUUUUCAUUCUAGGAUCCGCCCUAAAUCUUUCUGCAUAUGCAAAGCUAGUCAUUCUAUCAUUGCUCAAAGGAAUGGGAAGUGGAAUUAUGCGUGUUAAAGAUGUUGAGUCAUUGCUGUCUGAACUUUUAGAAAGACGCCAUCAGUAUCAUCUUGGGCAUGAAAAAGCACGUCGUAAAUUGUCUAAGAUUGAAGUUGAAAUCUUGUGUCUUCUAUUGGAGAGCUGUGCAAUGCCAACUUCUUCAUUUGGUGGAUGUGUUUUUGAAGAUCAUCUAUUGGGGGCUCUGCAGUUGGGCAGCAUGUCCUCUGAAGAUCCGGCAAUUGUACAGCCUUGUGUAACUGUGUUGAGGAAUCUCGGUACUUCUUUGUACAGUGGUUUGAAAACUGAGAAACAGGAACAACUUUUUCGAGACCUUGUCUUUCUAUUUCGGACCACUAAUGGUGAUAUACAAAAUGCCACUAGAGAGGCCUUGUUGCGUAUAAAUUUCACUUGCUCCACGGUCAUCCGGAUGCUUGAUUUUGUUUUAGAGCAGGAAGUUGGUAUGAUUGGUUUUGCACAAGGGAAGAAGAAAAAGAAACAAAUGACUCAUGUGUAUCACGGUUUCGAGAUUACGGGCAAAAAUGCACUUUCUUUCAUGAGCUCUCUCCUAGACAUUUUGCUACUGAAGAAAGAUUUAGAGAAUAGGACUUCCCUUGUAGGGCCCUUAUUUAAUCUCCUCCGCAAAAUGUUUAUGGAUGACUGGGUACAUGAUGAUGCUGACUUGGAUGGGAAAUGUAUGGAAGCUUCAUUGGACAUUUCUCAAACUAUUUCCAGUAUAACAUGUUACAUUCAACAGACGCUACUGUUGAUUCUGGAAGAUAUUAGUGCUUCACUUUUAAUGACCAUUCCUCUUGAGGAUGAUAUAAUUAAUAACUUUGACUUGAAACUGUUGGUUGAAUGUGCCCGUUCUGUAAAGGAUGGAACCACUCGCAACCAACUCUUCUCACUGUUGUCUACUAUUGCAAAGGUCACUCCAAACAAAGUUUUGGACCACAUAAUGGAUAUUUUUACCAUUAUUGGGGAAUCAACUGUCACUCAGUGGGACAGCCAUUCACAACGAGUGUUUGAAGACCUUGUGUCUGCGAUUGUUCCAUGUUGGUUAUCUAAGAGUGACAGCAUAGACACAUUGCUUCAGAUUUUUGUGAAUGUAUUGCCUGAAGUUGCUGAGCAUAGAAGGUUGUCAAUUAUCAUACAUCUUUUGAGGACUCUAGGAGAGAGUGGUAGCUUGGGUUCGCUACUGGUUCUCCUUUUCCAUUCGUUGGUUUCAAGGAAAAGAUUGUCUUGCUCUGAUAGUAGUCUACCCUCUUGGGAUCACUUAACUUCUCUUACUUGUAUGGAAUGGGAAUUGUUAUUUGCAAAGCAAAUAUUAGACCAAUAUUCAUGCACGAUAUGGCUUCCUUCCCUUGUUAAGCUGCUUCAGCAAAUAGACAUUGGUACUUGGGGUGAGGAACUGUUUAUGGAACUGCUAGUUGCUAUGCAGUUCAUUUCAGACAAACUGCAAGAUCCUGAAAUUGCAUUCAAGCUUGAUUCUGGUGAAGAAUCAGAUAACAUUCAGAGAACACUUGAAGAACUUAUGGAGCAGGUUGUUUCUCAUUUACAACUGGUCGACUCAAGAAGAAAGCAAUUAAGUUUUCCUGCUGUCAUCAGGAAAGAACUAAAGGAUCAUAUGCACAGUGUCCUGAAGAAUAUUACAAAGGGGCUCAUGCCCUCGUCAUACUUCCAAGGGAUGAUUAAGUUGCUGAGACAUGCAAACAGAAGUGUGAGGAGAAAAGCUCUCGGGCUUCUAUCUGAAACUGUGAGAGACUCUGGGACGAUGAAACCGAAGCAUGAGAGAAGGGGAUUGACUUCAAAGUCUACAAGUUCUUGGCUUCAUCUGGAUGGGAGUGCUGUGGAGUCAUUUAAGAAGAUGUGUUCAGAAAUUCUGACAUUAGUUGAUGACUCUGUUGAUGAUUCUAAUACUUCAUUGAAAGUGGCAGCAGUUUCAGCACUGGAAGUUUUGGCGUACAAGUUUUCUUCUAAUUAUUCUAUCUUCAACAUGUGCCUUGCAUCUGUGACGAAAAAUAUCCAGUCAAAUAACUUGGCUGUCUCUUCCUGUUGCCUUCGGACAACUGGGGCUUUGAUCAAUGUGCUUGGGCCAAGAGCCCUUCCUGAGCUUCCUUCUAUCAUGGAGAAUGUGCUGAGGAGGUCUAAUGUUUUCUCAUCUGUUUCUGCAAUAACUACAUCUGGCGAGGAUAAUGCAUCUAUUCCAUUAACAGAUUCUAAGGAAUCUGUCUACAUGUCUGUUCUUUUUGCAUUGGAGGCAGUUGUUGACAAGCUUGGUGGUUUUUUAAACCCGUAUCUUGGAGAUAUUCUAAAACUCGUAGUGUUGCAUCCCAAGUAUGCUUCUGGAUCAGAUCCAAAAUUAAAAUUUAAAGCUGAUGUAGUUCGAAAGCUUAUCACUGAGAAAGUCCCUGUUCGACUUUUGCUUCCACCACUGCUGAGUAUAUACUCCAAGGCUACCGAAUAUGGGGAUUCAAGUUUGUCAAUUGCUUUUGAAAUGUUGGGGAACUUGGUCCGAACAAUAGAUAGAUCAUCAAUUGCUGCUUAUCAUGCAAAAAUUUUCGACUUGUGUUUACUAGCACUUGAUCUUCGCCGUCAACAUCCUGUUUCAAUUAGGAGCAUUGACAUUGUUGAGAAAAGUGUUAUCAACACAAUGAUCUUUCUUACCAUGAAACUUACUGAGACAAUGUUCAAGCCUCUUUUCAUUAGGUGUAUUGAGUGGGCUGAGUCAAAUGUGGAUGAAAGUGAAAGUGUGGGAAGCACAAGUGUUGAUAGGGCAAUUACUUUCUAUGGCUUGGUAAAUAAGCUUGCUGAAAGCCAUCGAUCGUUGUUUGUUCCUUACUUCAAGUACUUGCUUGAUGGUUGUAUACGGCACCUGACUGGUGGUGAAGAUGCCAAAAUUGCUCUGCCACGUAAGAAGAAGAAGGCGAAACUUCAGGAAGUGAAAAGUAAUAAAAAUGAUGGAAAUGGUACAUUGACAUAUGACAUAUGGCAUCUUCGGGGUUUGGUUUUAUCAUCCUUGCAUAAAUGUUUUCUUUAUGAUACUGGAAGCCUGAAGUUUCUUGAUUCAUCAAAUUUUGAGGUCCUGUUGAAACCCAUUGUCUCGCAGCUAGUCGUAGAACCGCCAGCGUCUUUGGAAGAAUAUACAAGUAUACCAUCUAUAAAGGAAGUUGAUGAUUUGUUGGUUGUGUGUGUUGGUCAAAUGGCUGUUACAGCUGGCACUGACCUUCUCUGGAAGCCCCUGAACCAUGAGGUCUUGAUGCAAACUCGUAGCGAGAAGGUUCGAUCCCGUAUGCUAGGCCUGAGAAUUGUUAAGUACCUUGUGGAAAAUCUUAAAGAAGAAUAUUUGGUGUUCUUAGCUGAAACCAUCCCAUUCCUUGGUGAAUUGCUGGAAGAUGUUGAGCCUCCUGUCAAGUCGCUUGCACAAGAGAUACUCAAGGAAAUGGAAUCCAUGAGUGGUGAAAGCCUUCGGCAAUACUUCUGAUGUUGUACAUUAACCAUCUCUGUAUGCAAUGAUAAAUGUUGGAGAAAUGGCAACAAUAUACGUCUCUAUACCUAUUUUAUCACAUGUAAAUACGUGUUAACUUUUUUCAAGAUUAGUGUAGAUGAAUUCAAAGAGUUUUGAUACCAAAUUCAGAUUUUGGGGAGCAAAUUUUUGUAACCAGCGAUGCUGCCCUGAUAUUUGUCUCAACUGUCUACUGUUAUACGCAAGACAGGAAUUGAAGUUUGAUUUGUCUUUGCUAACUAUGGUUGGUUCCCUAAGUUCUUUAAUCCUCAUCGGAUUCA